AUGGAUCACCGACCAGCGUGGAUCACAAAAGGCAUAAUGAAAUCAGAAGCUGCACCACUCCAACCACAACGCGAGCCACUUUUGGAAAGUGUGGAUGGUUCGCUUUGUUAUCAAGGGUCACGAAAUGCAUCAUUUUGGGUGGCGCACAAGGCGUUGGCUUCCUUGGAGGACAACGUGCUCAAGGACUGGGCAGCCACCAUCAACCUUGGCCCGGGCGUCACGGCCCUCCAGCUAGAGCUGCUAUCUGUCAAGGCAAUUCUUGAGUCCACCCUCGGCAAGGUAAUACACAACUCAGCACUUGAGCACUGUCUAAUGAUGCUUCAAGACCUCGUAUAUGACGCUGAGGAUGUGGUGGAUGAGAUGGAAUACUUUCACAUCCAAGACAUGCUGGAUGCCCACAACCUGGACCCUAAUGUGUUGCCAUCUAUUCAUUAUGAACCACCAAAGUUGAGAUUUGAUAGGGACAAUGCCUCCCGAAGAAUAGAACAUAUUGUAGAGCAAAUGCAGCUCAUUGAAAAGAAGUUCUCUAGUGCUAUUAAACUAUUAGAGCCAAAACUGUAUGGGAGGGAGCAUAUGGUGAAGAGCAUCAUAGAUGAUAUCACAAAGGGUAAACAUUCUGGUGAGGUCCUCACAGUUAUUCCAAUUAUUGGUCCAGGGGGCAUAGGAAAGACAACUGUUGCACAACAUAUAUAUCACAGUGGAGAGGUGCAAAAACAUUUUGAUGUAAAAGUUUGGACAUGUGUCUCACUCAACUUUAAUGUGAAUAAGCUGAUAGAAGAGAUUCAAAGAUAUAUCCCUAAAGAUGGUCAUGAAAGCUCUAAUGGUGCUGCUAGUGAGUUGAUUGGGCAAAGAUUGAAAAAUAUGAGGUUUGUGCUUGUAUUAGAUGAUAUAUGGGACUGCAGUGAUGAGGAUGAAUGGAAACGGCUGCUGGUGCCAUUCCGAAAAUCACAAGUACUGGGUAAUAUAAUUAUAGUCACAACUCGAUUUCCAGCACAAGCACACAUAAUGGUUCGCAAAAAUGAUCAUUCAAUAUAUUUGCAAGGUCUAGAUAGUGAACCAUUUGAGGAAUUACUCCUACAUAUUAUCUUUGGUGAUGAUGAUCAAUCUAGAAAGGACCAUAUAUUCGUGCUUGAAAUUGGGUUUAAGAUAGCUGGUAGACUAAAGGGCUCCCCUCUUGCAGCAAAAGCUGUUGGUAGAUUGUUGAAAACCCAACUUGACUUGGUUCACUGGACUAGAGUCUUAGAAAGUAAGCAAUGGGAGCAUAGCAACGGUAAGAAUGACAUUAUGCCUGCACUGAAGUUGAGCUUUGAUUACUUACGUCCUCAGCUUCAGCAGUGUUUCUCCUACUGUGCUUUGUUUCCUCAAGAUUACAGAUUUGAAAGAGAAGAGCUAAUUAACUUCUGGAUAGGACAAGAAGCUUUGCAUUAUUCACCACAUGGUGGAAGUAAAAGAGUUGAAGAUAUCGGGCUAAGUCAUUUGACUGAGUUGGUUAAUUAUGGAUUUUUGGAAGAUGAAGGGGAAAAGGAUGGAAGAACUUGUUACAUCAUUCAUGAUCUCUUACAUGAAUUAGCACGAAAAGUUUCAUCACUUGAAUGCCUUUUCAUACAUACUCAAUCUCAAGUGAACUCCUUACAAAUCCCGACAUCAAUCCGCCACUUGUCUAUCAACAUAGAUGAUACCAGUGUCAACAAUAGAUUGACUCAAAAAAAUUGUGUGGAGGAUAUCAAUACAUUGCACACAAGAUUAAAAGUUGAAAAACUGCAAACUUUGAUGAUAUUUGGGAUACACCACGGUUGCUUUGUGAAGGCUUUUGGUGAUUUAUUUAGGGAAGCAAAGGCCCUUCGUGUUAUUUUUCUAUCAAAAGCAUCCUAUGAUGUGGAAUAUUUGUUGUGCAACUUUUAUAGUCUGCUCCAUCUUCGCUACCUUCGAAUUGAAAGAUCUCCUCUAUAUAAAGGCAGAUUUCCCAACCAAAUUUCUAGAUUUUAUCACAUGAUGGUCCUAGAUGCAAAACACUGUGACAUCAUAGAUCUACCAAGAGAUGUCAGCAACCUUGUAAAAUUGCGCCAUCUUCUUGUUCAAGAUGAUACAAUACAAUCUAGCAUCACUGAGGUACCAGAAGAAGCAGAUGAAGCAAAAUUGAUGCUAAAAAGCCACCUACAUGAGUUGAUACUACGUUGGAAUGUUAAUUGGUUUACUGAUGAUUCUGCACUCGAAAAACAUGUUCUUGAAAGGCUUAAGCCAAGUCGAGAUCUUCAGAAGUUAUCCAUUAUAGGGCACAGAGGAGGCACUUGCCCUUCAUGGCUGGGUUUGAACCUCUCACUCGGUAGUCUGAAAUCUCUUUGUCUCGAUGAUGUAAACUGGAAAACAUUUCCACCUAUAGGAGAUUUGUGGUUAGUAGAUGUGCCCCGUGAGGAAAUCUCAAUCAAUAUCCCUGGGAAGAAGUUUGGAAAUUUGAGAAGGCUGGAACUUAUACACUUGUCAGGGUUGAAAACAUGGGCUGAUAUUCCAUCCUGUUCCUCAAAACUGCAGAGGCUCGACAUAGAUGAUGUGACUGGAUUCACUGCUGCGGCCAUUCGUCAUAGACUGCUCUUUUCCUCGCUCACCAUAUUUAUUUGUACGGAUCUCAAGGUGAAGAGCUUCACAGAGGAGCAAGAGGCCCUUCUGUUUGUCGACUCCCUCGAGGGUAUCAAAUUUAUUUGCUGCCACAACCUUCAGUCCCUCCCUGAACGGCUACCUAGACAUCCCAACCUCAAGAGGUUACACAUCUUGACGUGCGGAGCAAUCCAGAUGCUGCCCAAGGAGGGCCUCCCAAGUUCACUGCAAGAGUUGGAUAUCAUAGACUGUCCAAAAAUCCAGUCACUGCCCAAGGUGGAUGACCUUCCAUGCUCCCUGCGAUAUUUAAAUGUCCGUGACAGCGGAAGCGAGGAGCUAAGGAGACAGUGCCGCAAGUUGAUAAAUAUCAUUCCAAUAGUCCAAGUCUGA